GACUCAUUUGGCGAAGAAGAAGAAUUUUAACGUUGUUGGCGAUCCGACUUCUUCACGUCAUCAGGUCGCUGUGUCACAUGUGUGUGGGGCUGUGAAAGCCUACUGGCUUAAAAAAGAAGAGAAACAAACCAAAUUUUUAGCAGCUGUAAUUUCAGAAAAUUGUAGUUAAAAUAAUAAAAUGCCCAAAAAGGUGAAAGAAGAAGCAGAGUGGGUGGACGAUGAAGCAACUCCGGCAUCUGUUGGCAGGAAUACUGAAGACCAGACGGAAAGCUCAGCUCUUUCCAGCUCAGCACCUCUCAGCGGCACACCAGAAAAAACUGUCAAAAAGGGGAAGAAAGAUAAAAAGGGGAAAAAGUCUUUUUUUGAGGAACUUGCCACAGAUAGCAAAGCUGAAAAGGUGGACGUGGUGCCUGUGAAAGACAUGCAUGGAAAACAGCCUCAGAAAAAAAAGAAAGAUCGGCGGAAAGGAAAAGGUGACGAUGCAGAUGAUGAAAAUGUCAUGUUGACACUGUCAAAACUCUCAGUGGAAGCAAGUGAUGAGGAUUCAGUCACUGUCUCCAGUAAAGGAAGUAAGAAAAAGGGUGGGAACAUCUUUGCUGCUCUUAGCCAAGGACAGAGUGAUGAGGAUGAGGAAAGUGAUCUGGAUGAAGAUGAAAAACCUGCAGAAAAGUCAGGGUCUGAUGAGGAGGAUGUUGAAGAGAAACCUACAAAGAAGACCAAGAAGGCUGAAGUUAAGUCCAAGAAAGAAAAAAGUGCUCAGAGACCACGUAGCAUGGAUGAAGAUGUGGAAGAGGAGGGUAGUGACAUAGGUGACACCACAAUGAGUGCAGAGGAUGUCAUCGCAGAGCAGGCCAAGAAGCCAGAAGAUGACCUGUAUGCUAAUCUCACCAAAAAGGAGAAGAAGAAGAAGAAAAAACAGAUGGAGUAUGAGCGUCAGGUGGCCAGUGUCCGUGCUCAGAAUGCACUGGAAGGAGAUUUCUCCAUUUCCCAGGCUGAGAUGUCUUCCAGACAGGCCAUGCUGGAGAACGCCUCUGAUAUCAAGCUGGAGAGGUUCAGCAUAUCUGCUCAUGGCAAGGAGCUCUUCGUCAAUGCUGACCUUCUGAUUGUGGCAGGAAGAAGAUAUGGUUUAGUUGGACCAAAUGGAAAAGGAAAGACCACUCUACUGAAGCAUAUAGCUAAUAGAGCUCUCAGUAUUCCUCCUAACAUUGAUGUGCUGCUGUGUGAACAGGAGGUGGUCGCUGAUGACACGCCAGCAGUUCAGGCGGUGCUGAAGGCGGACACUCGCCGCCUGAAGCUUCUGGAAGAGGAGAAACGGCUCCAGGCUCGUCUGGAAAAGGGAGAGGAUAGUGUAGCUGAGAGGCUGGAUAAGGUCUAUGAAGAGUUGAGGGCAAUAGGAGCUGCAGCAGCUGAGGCCAAGGCGAGAAGGAUAUUGGCUGGUCUGUCAUUCACUCCUGAGAUGCAGAACAGACCCACCAAGAGGUUUUCUGGAGGGUGGAGAAUGAGAGUUUCCCUGGCCAGAGCCCUGUUCAUGGAGCCCACUUUACUGAUGUUGGAUGAACCCACCAACCACUUGGAUCUGAAUGCUGUUAUCUGGCUUAACAACUACCUUCAAGGCUGGAAGAAGACUCUCCUCAUAGUUUCCCAUGACCAGAGUUUCCUUGACGAUGUGUGCACAGAUAUCGUCCACUUGGACAACCAGAAACUUUACUAUUACAGAGGGAACUAUUUGACCUUCAAGAAGAUGUACGUGCAGAAGCAGAAAGAACUGCAGAAACAGUACGACAAACAGGAGAAGAAACUCAAGGAGCUGAAGGCUGGUGGCAAGUCUACCAAACAGGCUGAGAAACAGACUAAGGACGCCCUGACCAGAAAGCAGCUAAAAGGCAAGAAGAAGGGAGGUCAGGAGGAGGAGAGCCAUGAGGCCACAGAGCUGCUGAAAAGACCCAAAGAGUACACCGUAAAGUUCACCUUCCCCAACCCACCUCCUCUCUCACCACCCAUACUGGGACUGCAUAGUGUCGACUUUGGCUAUGAGGGUCAGAAGCUGCUGUUCAGAAAUGUGGACUUUGGUAUUGACAUGGAAUCGAGGAUUUGUAUAGUUGGACCCAACGGUGUUGGAAAGAGUACCCUGCUGUUACUGCUUACUGGCAAAUUAAAUCCUACUAAAGGUGAGAUGAGGAAGAAUCAUCGGCUGAAAGUGGGCUUCUUUAACCAGCAGUAUGCAGAUCAGCUUAACAUGGAGGAAACAGCCACAGAGUACUUGAUGAGGAACUUCAAUCUUCCCUACCAGGAUGGCAGGAAGUGCCUGGGACGUUUUGGCCUCGAGAGCCACGCCCACACCAUUCAGAUCUCCAAACUCUCUGGUGGUCAGAAAGCCAGAGUAGUGUUUGCUGAACUGGCCUGUCGUCAGCCUGACGUACUGAUCUUGGACGAACCUACCAACAAUUUGGACAUUGAGUCAAUCGAUGCUUUAUCAGAGGCCAUCAAUGAAUACAAAGGAGCUGUGAUUAUCGUGAGUCACGAUGCACGGCUCAUCACAGAGACACAGUGCCAGCUGUGGGUGGUGGAGGACUGUACCAUCAACCAGAUUGAUGGAGACUUUGAUGACUACAAGCGGGAGGUGCUGGAAGCCUUGGGAGAGACUGUGGUCAGCAAGGCCAAUCCCUGAUCAGAGCUGAUGCCAGGGCACACACCUGCUGAGCCCUCCAGUGUGUGUGAGCACACAUAAUAUGGAUCUUCCUCUGGACUGUAACAUCUUUAUGGGGUUGAAGUUGCACAGAUACUGAAUUAUAAAUAUGUAGGUGAUAAAAUGUCUUGAAUUAUAAUCUGCUUAAAUAAAACAGGAAGUGAUUCAA